AUGUCUUUCUCCAGCAAUAACUACUUAAGGAGCACAAGCUCUACUCUCCAACCCAUCGGGCAAAGCCUAGGCAGUACUGUCUACAGACAAACAUCCAUCAAAAAAUACCGACCCCCCAGUGUCCAUGGAGGAGCUGGUGGCUACGGAACCCGCAUCUCCACUGGGGUCAACUAUGGUGGUGGCUCCUGGGGUAGCUUUGGGGGUGGUUUUCAGUCCAGCACUUCCACCAAUGACCUACUUCUUGCUGGCAAUGAGAAAGUGACCAUGCAGAAUUUGAAUGACCGCUUAGCUUCAUACCUGGAAAAAGUGCGCUCCUUGGAAACUUCCAACACCCAUCUUGAAAAGCAGAUCCGGGAGUGGUAUGCAAGUAGCUCUCCUGCCGCUAGGCAAGACUACACUGCCUAUUACAAAACUAUUGAAGACCUCCAAAACCAGAUUACUGCAGCGAGACUAGAAAACACCCAACUCGUACUGCAGAUUGACAACACCAAGCUGGCUGCUGAUGAUUUUCGAGUAAAGUACGAGACGGAGCUGAGGCUCAGACAAAAUGUGGAAAACGACAUGGCGGGGCUGCUGAGACUAAUUGAUGACCUGACCCUGAUAAAGUCUGAUUUGGAGCAUCAGGUGGAAGGGCUGAAGGAAGAAAUGGCUUACCUCAAGAAGAACCAUGAAGAGGAAAUGGGGAGACUGCGCCAGCAGCUGAGCGGCACUGUGACAGUGGAGGUGGAUGCUGCUCCAAGUGUUAACCUCGGACAGAUUAUGGACAGUAUGCGGGAGCAAUACGAAGCCAUGGCAGACAAGCACCGUCAAGAAGCUAAGCAACGGUUUGAGAAACAGAUUGACGAGUGGAAUGUGGAAAUCACCACCAGCACCCAGCAAGUUGAGAGCAACAGAAAUGAGAUUACGGACCGACGACGCGUUCUCCAGGACCUAGAGAUUGAACUCCAAACCCAGCAUAGCUUGAAAACAAAUACGGAGAAUGCUGUGGCAGAAAUUGAAGCACGCUACGGGAUGACCUUGGCCCAAAUACAGGCUUCCAUUGCGAAUGUGGAGGCCCAGCUGCUGCAGUUGCGAGAGGACAUGGAGCGGCAGAAUUCUGAGUACAGUACCCUCUUGGGUAUUAAGGUCAAGCUAGAGGCAGAGAUUGCCACUUAUCGUCGCUUGCUGGAAGGAGAAGAUAGCAACUACGUAUUUUUAUUUCCAGAAAAGAACAGAGUCCGGAAGAUCAAGACCGUAGUUGAAGAGAUGGUGGAUGGACAAGUGGUGUCAUCCCAAGUCAGAAUGAGAGAAGAGAAGAUGUAG